AUGCAAUGCUAUGCAAGUGAGAAACAAGCUCUUAUGGACUUCAAGAAAGACUUGGAAGAUCUCUCUGGUAGACUCUCGUCUUGGAUACACGACGUUGAUUGCUGCAAAUGGGAAGGAGUUGUUUGUAGCAACCGAAGUGGCCGCGUGAUUCAACUUCACCUUCAGAGGCCUGUUCCUGAAAUUCAUGUCGUUGGUGAUGAGGAAGAAUCACCAUUAAGCGGUAAAAUCAGUCAUUCGUUACAAAAUUUGACUCACUUGCGUUACCUUGAUCUAAGUCUAAAUGAUUUCAGUGGAAUUCCAAUUCCCAGUUUUUUUGGGUCUCUCAGAAGUCUAAGGUACCUGGAUUUAUCUGGAGCUGGAUUUCAAGGAAUGGUUCCCUAUCAGCUUGGAAACCUAUCAAGUUUACGCACUUUAAGCAUAACCUGCAGUGUCUAUUCGUCCGAUCUUCAAGUUGAUAACCUGCAAUGGUUGGCUGGUCUCUCGAAUCUGGAACACCUAGACAUGAGUGGCGUGGACCUUAGUCUAGCGUCUAAUUGGCUAGAGGUGAUUAACACGAUCCCUUCUUUGGUAGAGUUGGAACUCAUUUGAAGGCCCAUUGCCCAGAGGUCCUUGGAACUUGACUUCCCUCCAGCACUUGGAUCUUUCUGUCAACUAUCUGAAUGGUUCACUAUCAGAUGAGCUUAUUCAUCUUAACAAUCUCAUUUCUCUCAACCUUUCGGGAGAAAUAUUUCGAAGGCUUCUUGGAUGGAAUUUGGAAUUGGAGUUCCCUUACAUCUUUGAAUCUAUCAUAUAAUAACUUCGCCACCUUCCUUCCA